AUGUCGCAACAACCUUUUCAAGCCUGGCAAAGCCAACAACAACAGCAAUCUACAACUGAUAACCAGAUAUACUCAGCCUUACAACACACUACUUUACAACAACCAAUACAACAGGAACAUAUGAGCGGUACCAAUCAGCUUUUCUAUCAGCAACCGCCAACAAAUUCCUUGCAGCGAAGCCUCCCAUCACAAUCAUCGCAUUCAACUGAACGACAGUUUCGACAGCAACGAUCUUCCUAUAUGUAUUCCCCGUAUGCGAACAAAGAAUAUUUCAGUCAGCUGCAUCAAUCACUACCAACAGAUACUGUUCACCGACAAUCUCAAAACCUUCCACUCAACUAUGUUGGAAUUACACCUUAUUCGGGGAUUGCCAACAUGGAGCUAUGUCAAGAUGAUGCUGAUCAAACCAACCAUCCCACUCCUCAGCAACAGUUGCCACUAUUAUAUCCACGACAAGCAGAGCAACAAGUGCAACAACAAAAACCACAAUAUGACGGACAACAUAUGCUCGAAGUUGAUUGGAUUAAGCCACAAGAGUAUAUUCAAACGCAG